AUGUAUGGCGAGAGAAGCGAAGGAAACAUCAAAUGGAUGAUGAUGACAGGACUUCAUCUUAAAUGGGAAUGGUGUAUGCCGCAUCUAACGAACGCUGCAACAAAAAUGGCAUUUGGAAUCGUGCCGCAGCGAUGCAACUCGAAGAACCCCGAAGUAACUGAUCUGCUUUCACGCAUCACUCGCACCACGUAUACAAUUCGUUCUAAUGCAAUCACGGGGAGUCUUUUUGCCGAUCUUUGUGAAAUGGCGAACACUGGCGCGUCCAAACAAUUGCUUGAGCAUAAAGAUCACCACUUUAUGGGUUUAGAGAAGGCUAUUAAACCUGCACCAGAGGGCCUACCUAUCGCAGAUGACAAGGAAACGCUUCUUCAAUUGUAUGGACUGCUGAACCCUGUUGCAGCUCUCAAUACUAAAAGCCAGAAAGAAGACACAAACCAGGUGAGCGUUCUCCUGUCGGUAUUUCGCCUUCGAACGACCAUUUUGGACGAAACGCAGCCCAUCCAAGACAAGGCACGGUCCUCUUCAGAACCUCCGCUGUACUACCAAGUGCAAAAUCUCACUCGACUCGCCAAAACUACGCGUGCCCUGCUAGCACAAGCAUUUCACAAGAACUUCUUCAUUCGCUAUACGGACCCAUCGCGUUUCGGAGUACAGCCCAAAAAUCUCGCUAAGAUUGUCAAAAUUUGCAACGAGCAGUUGAUAAUUGAUCCAGAACAGCCCCACCUUCGCCUCGACGAACAUAGCGUGGCGCGAAAUGUAGCGUCCGUGAAGGUAGCUCAGCAAACGGUGUUUUCGGAAGAUCUAAUGGAAUUUACCGAAGAAACAGCGGUGACAGUUGUUCGACGCGAUGUGCAUGAAGCUCGAGUCGACGAAGAGCUCGACAGGUGGUUAGCAGAUCCGACAAAAUGA